AUGGUAGACCCAUAUGAUUGUGUAAUUACAGUGACUUUGAUAACUUCUGAAGAGAUGUUACAAUAUCUGAAUUAUCCAAUAUAUAAUGUAACUAAUUUAAAAACGACUCCACUUACUAGUAAAUUGGAUUUUGCACAAUUGGGUGUUUUGGAUAGAAGAGGAUGCUCCUCACAACCAUACAUAUUGAAAUUAUUCUUUUUUAUAUUGGUUGGUGAAAUACCAAAUAAGAGUAGAAUACUUUUUUCGAGUUCGAACGGAGAGACACAAAUGUUUGAAUACACAAGAUGUGAAAACGAAACAAAAUUUUAUGGAAAAUGUCAUUGUGUGAAUGGAACACAAACAAGAAGAGAUUUGUGGAAAUUGGCUCCAGAAACGGGGUUUGUAUAUUCGACACAAGAGACUACAUUCGAAAAUUACGUCUUCAAAUUAUUCUCAAAAAACAUGAUCAUGAGAACAGAAUUUUCCAUGAGAGUAAUAUGUCCCAACAAUUGUAAUGAAGAACGUGGAGGUGGUAAAUGUAGUGUCCAAUUAGGAAAGUGUAUAUGUUCACAUGGUUCAUAUGGAGGUGACGAUUGUCAUAAAUUGUGUUAUUAUAACAACACGUGGACACUCACAAAUUAUGAUGACAAGUGUUAUUUCGGAGAAGAGUAUUGUGAUACAUAUUGUGAGUGUGAAAAUGGAACUUAUUUAUUAGACCAUCAUUGUUUAAAUGAAGUGUGUUACAGUAAUAAUAUUACUGAUUAUCCUGAGUUAUGUAAAAGGGGGGAGUCUCAUUGUAAAUUUAAUUGUCAAUGUGAGGAUGGAUACAUCAUUAAAAAUAACAAAUGUAUAACACAAACAUGUGGCAACGGAAAAUUGGAUCAUCCAGAAGAACAAUGUGAUUCCGGGAAUUCAUGCAAUAGUACAAAUUGUAAAUGUUAUGAAGGGUUUGUACCUGAUCCCGAUAAUAAAGGAUCUUGUAAGGGGAGUAAUUACACAUUAAUAAUAACAUUAGUUAUAACAUGUACCGUUUUGUUAUUAACAGUGUUAAUUAUAUCUACUGUUACAACAAUCAUAGUGUCAAGAAAAGAUCAUUACUUAUUUAAGAAUGUAAUAGAAGCCAUUGAAUAUCCACAACCAGAGUAUUAUUUUGAUGUUUCAAAAUGUCAUUAUAUUGCGUACACUUCGAACAAAUACCCAUCCAAUAAAAGUAUAAUCACUUUUGGAAUGAAAAACAAACAAUUGAAAAUCAAUGAAACUGUUUUCGAAAUAUUUGAAAUGACAAAUCAUACUAAAAGAUUUAUGUUAAUUAUAUUCCACACUCCAAAUAUCCAAAAAUAUACAGUACACUUUUGCCCACAAACACUCAUAAUUUCAAAAGGAAAAACAAAACAAAUACUAUUGAUAUUUACACCACAUUGUACAACACGUUUUGAAGGUACUGAAUUUUAUGUAUCAGUUUAUUAUGGCGAUAAAUCGACUUUGAUCGAAUUACAACAACUCGUUUUUGACAAGAAAAAAAUCGACGUUGAUGAUACAAUUAUAUAUGAAAAAAUACACAAGAGAGUGAGUGCCUUUUAUUUUGUAUUGAUUUCUAAGGUUGAAAUCGAAGGAUCUUUUCAAAUUGAUCGCGACGAGUUGUUUGUUUCUCCAAGAAGAUUCGAAACAAAAGGCAAUCACAAGCAUGCAAUUGUUGGGACUUAUAGAGGAAAACCAGUCACUGUGAAAACGAUUAACCUUUCAAAUCUAUCUACUCAGGAUUUAAACACUUUAAAAGCUUCAAUAGAAAAGUUUUAUACAUCCAUUAAAAAUAUGCGAUCCCCUUAUUUGUUACAACCAUUUGGCUGUUUUUAUGAAGACCAGAAUCUAUCUUUUUUCAGUGAAAUUUGUUGUUUGGGGAGUGCCGAUUUGUAUUUCUUAAACUCGGAAUACAAAGGUCGAUUUUCAUAUUCAUUUAAACUUAAAGUAAUGAAAGACGUUCAAUGUGGUUUAAGUUAUUUACAUGGUUUUAAAUUAUUUCAUUUGAAUUUGAAGCUUUCAAAUGUAAUGAUGAAAUCAUUUAGUGCUUCACCAACAGUAGUUUCUGUGCAACUUUGUGAUCACUGGGGAAGUGCGGAUUUGAGAACAAAAGUGGAGGAUAAUGGAUUGUUUAUGAAAAAUCCCAGAUGCGAUCCACCAGAGGCAUAUAAACAUAUAUUUGGGUCGUUUACUGAUGUUUAUUCUUUUGGGAUCCUAUGCUGGGAAUUCUUCUAUGAACAACGUACAUUUGGAAAGUACAAAACACUUUUUGAUAUUAAAAGUGCAGUCAUAACUGGGUUAACACCAGAGAUUGAUAGUACUAUGCCAAGUGAUCUUAAAUGGUUAAUACUAAAAUGUUGGGAGUACAAGUAUCUUCAAAGAAUUACUCUAAGAGAAACACAUGAAAUUCUUCAUGAUAUUAUAAGAAAGGAGGAAACUUUGAAAAGUGCAAAAGAAAACAAUAAGAACAUUGAAAAUGAAAUAUUCUUUGAACAAUUGAAAAAUGAGAAGAUGAUAUUAUAUUCGAAUGCCUUAGAUCAGAAAACGCUUAUACCAUUUAAUAUAUAA